CUCUCUCUUCUUUGAGAUCUCUGAUCUAUUAUACCAGUCCUACAGAUCAAGCAAUCUCCAUCAUUUUAUCCAACCCUAACGAGCACACUCCACCACCUUGGAGUCUUAGUAUUAGAAACCCCAUCUCUCUCUUUCUUCCUCCCUAUAUCUUCUGUGUAACAGUGACAUGGGCAACGUGGUGGCUCGGUUUCUAGGAUGCCGGCCCAGCUUCCUUGACGAGGAGGAGCAGCCGACGACCAAAGAUGAAGCUUCCAAGAGGAGUCGACGGAAGCAGAAAUACGCCUACAUCCCUGACAACUACACCUCAAUCGAACAGGUCACCGAUGCCUUGAGAGACGCAGGUCUGGAGUCAUCGAACCUCAUACUGGGGAUUGAUUUCACCGGAAGCAACGAGUGGACAGGCAAACGUUCCUUCCACGACCUGAGCUUGCACAACAUCAGCAACCACCGGUUGAAUCCUUACCAGCAAGCGAUCUCCAUUAUCGGGAAGGUUUUGGCCUCGUUCGAUGAAGACGACCUGAUUCCUUGCUUCGGAUUCGGCGAUUGUAUGGCCUCCUCCUCCUCUGCUGCUGUCGCUUGGUUUGGAUGUGAUGUUUCCCUACUUCUUCUUCUUCUUCUUCCAGCGACCACCAAGGAUCAAGGGGUGUUCAGCUUCCGCAGUGAUCAUUCGCCCUGCCGUGGAUUCGAAGAAGUCUUGCGUUGCUACAGGGAGAUUGUGCCACACUUAAAAUUAUCAGGGCCUACUUCCUUUGCACCGAUCGUGGAGACCGCUGUCGACAUUGCCGAGAGCAGUGGCGGGCAAUAUCAUGUGCUGGUCAUCAUUGCAGACGGCCAGGUCUCCAGAGACCCCAACAAAGAACCGGAAACAAUCGAGUCAAUCGUGAGGGCAAGUGCUUAUCCAUUAUCGAUUGUGCUCGUUGGAGUUGGCGACGGACCAUGGGAUGACAUGAGGAAGUUUGACGACAGGAUCCCAGCGCGUGAUUUCGACAAUUUCCAGUUCGUCAACUUCACUGAUAUCAUGGGGAGCAAUGCAAACGCAGCGGAGAAGGAAGCAGCCUUUGCCCUCGCUGCUCUCAUGGAGAUCCCCAUCCAAUACAAAGCGACGGUGGAGCUCGGCAUUCUCGGACGUGAGACAGGGAAGCCCAAGCGGCGCGUGCCGCUGCCUCCUCCGUUGCCGCCCAGCUGAAGACAGAGUACAACAAAAGCCUGAGCCAAAGCAGUGACGAGGAGAGGUUUGCCCGAUCUGAUCGACCGAUGCAAAGAACUGAAGGCUUUGGCUGAGGCCGCAUGGUGAAAUCCCAUCACAUCAGCCUUCUUGUGUUACCUCUCUCCCUGUAGUAUCUGUCCCAGCAUGACAUUUCCUUUGACUGUGUGGCACGAACUGUGGUCAGAACUUUGACUAUGCUUGUGAUGAAGGUAGCCAGCCUCUCGAGGAGAUAUC